AUGGCGAAGACGUUUCGCGCGGUGACGGUCGCGACUCUGUCAAACAAUGGACAGUCUGCGCCGAAGUACAACAAGCCGGUCACGCUCAAUAUUAACUAUGACCCGCAGGGCCUCAGCGUCGAGUUCGUCUCAGGAGAUCUCAGCGGCAGGGAAAAAGCAUCCUUACUGGAAUUUCCAGUAACUCCCAGCACCGAAUGCUCUCGCGUAUCAUCUCGAAGUUAUGUUUUUACAAUUGAUACAGAUAGUUUACUCAUUACAUUUGCUAAUGAAUCAGAUUUUCGCAACUUUCACUCACAAAUAGUAAAGCUCAAGAUGGGGAAGGGUGUGUCGGCAUUUAACGAAAGAACGGAAGAGUCUUCAGCGAUGCAGUAUUUCCAAUUUUACGGCUAUUUGUCGCAACAGCAAAACAUGAUGCAGGAUUACAUCAGGACCAGUACAUACCAGCGAGCUAUCCUCGGCAACUUAUCCGACUUUAAGGACAAGGUUGUGCUAGACGUAGGAGCUGGGUCCGGCAUAUUAUCAUUCUUCGCUAUACAGGCGGGCGCAAAAAAAGUAUAUGCGGUAGAGGCGAGCAAUAUGGCGAAUCACGCGGAGCUACUAGUUGCAGCUAAUAAUUUAUCGGAUAAAAUAAUAGUCAUAGCUGGAAAGAUAGAGGAGAUCGACUUGCCGGAGCGUGUAGACUGUAUAGUGAGCGAGCCUAUGGGAUACAUGUUGUAUAAUGAAAGAAUGCUGGAGACUUAUUUACAUGCGAAAAAGUGGUUAGUUCCUGGUGGAAGGAUGUUUCCCUCCAGAGGCGAUCUGCACAUUGCACCGUUUUCCGACGAGAAUCUUUACAUGGAACAGUUCAACAAGGCCAACUUUUGGUAUCAGACGUGUUUCCAUGGGGUGGAUCUCUCUGCCAUGAGAAAUAACGCCAUUAAAGAGUACUUCAGGCAGCCGAUCGUCGAUACUUUCGAUGUUAGAAUAUGUAUGGCGAAAUCGGUGAGGCACAUAGUAGACUUCCAAACAGCUAAUGAGACUGAUUUACAUAAAAUAGAAAUAGAUGUCGAUUUUCAUAUACUGGAAAGUGGCACAUGCCACGGUCUAGCCUUUUGGUUCGAUGUAGCGUUUAUCGGAUCGACCCAACAAGUUUGGCUAAGUACAGCUCCUACAGAACCUCUCACGCAUUGGUAUCAAGUGCGCUGCCUCCUGGAGAAUCCGCUCUUUUGUAAAAGUGGACAGCUACUCUCGGGGAAAGUGAUUCUUAUAGCGAAUAAAAGACAAUCUUACGACGUAACAAUAGACCUGAAGCUCGAGGGAACGAACUUGGAGAGCAGCAGCAACACCUUGGAUUUGAAAAAUCCCUACUUCCGAUACACGGGUGCUGCGGCGCAACCACCGCCUGGCUUGAACAACACCUCGCCUAGCGAGUCUUACUGGACAACUUUGGAUGCGCAAGGUGCUCGACAAGCGGUGAAUAUGGUUAACGGAAUGUCGGUUAAUGGCCUCGGUGAAGUCUCGAUGGACACGAGUACGGCCGUAAAUCCGAAUAAUUUGCUGGCAAUAGGCGGCCAGCCGAACAUACAUCCCGGAUCCAUUUCGAGUACCGGUCGGGGUCGUGUGGGAGGUACUGCCACGAGCACACAAGCGGCACAAUUGAUAGGCGGUGGGAUAACUCCGAACAUGUUCACAUCUCCCGCCACCCAAUCGCUGGUCCUUGGCAACACCUCUCAUUACCCAGUGAAUCCCAGCCUGAUGAUCGGCGACUACGUGACACCCGGGAACGGCAUAUCGCCGCAGGCGUACCGGCAAUGAUCUAUGGCGAGAUCGUUCCUCGUCGAGUAUUCCCGCAAAGUAAAACAGUUACAGAGCGAGCGUAAUAGCUGUAGCAGUAUUGGCGACACCGGUAACAACAGUAAGCAAGGCCGCAAACUGGUAUUUAGCUCCCCAGCCAGCAAGCUUCGACUCUCGUCCGCCGUGCGAAUCUUAAGUACCGUCGACCUGGCCGGCUUGAACCCGGACUUGAGUCACAGCAACGUUGCUUAUCCGAGCAAGAGUAACGCGUCCGGUCCUGGGUUUGCGUUCGACUCGAAUCACGCAAGGAAUAAUAAUAAGUCUCAGUGGGAGGCACGUUGGAAAAGACUGCGAGCCGUCCUCUCGUAGUUGUCAUUAGUUCUCGAUGCGAUUAACAUUUCAUUUAGUCGUCCCUCAGAAUGGAAAAGAAAAAAAAGGAUGAUCUUCCAGAUCGACGUGCAUGCUUGCCAAAUAUACCCAUGAGAAUAUGAUAUUUUUUAAUGACAAUACAGUCGUUGUAGUAUAGGCAUCACUAUUUUACGAGGUCUUAAUACGAAUAUGUGCGCGAAAAACGAUAAUUUAUUACGAUAGAAGGAAUCGCGAGUAAACGAUCACGCGUUGUGAUUUGUUUUUCGUUUUUAAUCUGGCGAAAUAUUUUAGAUUCGACUGAGUACGUUUUCUUUUUCCUCUCUCCCCCUCUCUCUCUCUCUCUAUCUAUCUAUCUAUCUAUCUAUCUAUCUUUUUCCUCCCCACACGACGAAGACAGCGUACUUCACUGAGCUGCGAGGUUGUUGGUUGAGUUUCGAUAUCAAGUGACUUUUACACGAGUUUUUAGAAUAGGACGGAGAACAGCGUUUCGAACAUUUUGAGAGGUGCAAAGAGCAAUAAUACAUUAGUAGAGCAUACGUUGUAGGGCACUCUGUGGCAUUACCUGUUAAUCGGAAUCGUCUCUCCGUGCGCUUGUUUUGUACUGUAUAAUCGCCGUGUUUUAUCUCCCUUUUGUUUUCUUCUCUCUCUCUUUUUUUUUUAUUUCUUUAGCAU